AUGCAUGAGGUGGUCUCUGCCUCUGCCUUACGGCUCAGGGCUCUUAGCCUCGUUGUCCUCCUUCUCGUCCUAGCCACGCUCAUCUCGCCCGCCUCCGCAGACGGAGUGGCCAUAUCAGCCACGCCCCACGCCCAGUAUUCGUCCUCCAUUGGGGUCCUGGGCUGCAAGAUCAACACCAACCGCGUGGCGUACUGGCCCAUGGCCGUGGACUGCACCAACAUCUGCGUCAAGCUGAGCUACGGCAGCCGGUCCGUCCACCUCCUGCGCAUCGACCAGUCCGGCGGCGCCUACGACGUCAGCUACGACGCCUGGAACUACCUGCAGACGGGCAAGUCCGCCACGGCCGACCCCAUCGCCGGCGGCGGGGUGGCCAUGACGUACGAGAACGCCUCCGCCUCGGACUGCAGCAGCCUGAUCAAGACGGACGGCCUGCCCCUGAGCGCCCCCAACAGCAUGGACUUCCUCUUCAGCUGCCUCGCCGACCAGAGCAGCUGGGUCGCCCAGAACUACGCCCUGUACAACAUCGACGACGCCAUCUGCUCGCUGGGCUACGACGAGAAGUGCUCCCUGGACUGGGAGUCGGGCGCCAACCAGCCUACCUGCCCGCACACCCUGGGCCUGCAGACCUCGCUGACCUCGGACCCGGUCUAUGACAUUGAGUACCCGACCGGUCAAAAGGUCUUGGCCUCUACAGGCGAGGCUAAUCUGUGGGACGAAGAGCAGGUCUCGAGGUCCUCGUGA